AUUGAAAAAUUGAAAAAAAUUCAAAUUUUAAGAGCUUGUAACAAAAAUUAAGAAACUUGCAAUAAAAUUUUGAUCACAAGAGUUUGCAAGUGUGGCAAUUUAUGGUUAUUGAGGUACCACCAAGAGUGAGCAUCCUUCUUAUACUUGUCAUAGAGAGUGAAAACACUUUGACCACUAGAGGCUACAAAAUUAUUAAACUCACUAGUAAUUACAUCAUCCAUAUCAAGAUUAGGGAAGAAUUUAGCAAGUUCUUGCCUUCACACUUUCAAACGUCUAUAUCUCUAUAUGGUAGUGCCCUUAGCAGCACAAGAAAGGUCUUAUCCAUAGUUUUAAAACUCUCCGACUCGCCUCGGACUCGCCACGGACUCGCGAAUCCUUUGGCGCCGCGAGUCGACUCGCCUAGGACUCGCGUGGCGAGUCCAGGCGAGUCCCUGCCUCGGACUCGCGAGUCUUUCGCUCGGACUCGCGAGUCUUUCAUAGGGACUCGCGGGCCCAGAAAAACGCGCCCGUGAGGGUUAAAAACGAGUUUUUUUUUAAUUUUUUGACUUCAUUUUGGUUUUUUUUUGGCUGGAGCAGGUUAGAAGGGUUUGGAGGAGUAGAGGGAAGAAGGAAAAAUCAGCAAGAGAGAUCUAGGUAAGGAUUUUUCUCUUUCUUUUUUUUUUUCAUUUGAAUCAUUUCAUUGUUUUGAAACUGAAAAAAAUCUUGAAAAACAAGGGGAUAUGCUGCCAAAUUUUUUUCUAUUUUCUUUCCUAAGUUAUUUCCUCUUUUUUUUUUCUUGUUUUUGAAUGCUAUUUUUCCCAAAUGAUUCAUUGUCAUUUAUUUUGUUGAUUUUCCAUAAAACCCUGCUGAUUUUUUUUUUUCAUGUUAAAUCAGCAAUGGCAAGUUCAACUCCAAGGGCAACCCCAAGGUCAGGAAGACAAAGAGAUAAAGCUUGGAAAUAUGGGAUUGCAGGAAGCAAAAAGGGGGAGGUCACUUGCACCGAAUGCACAAGAUGGAUGACUGGUGGAAUCAAUAGAUUAAAAUACCACCUUGCACAAAUACCUGGAUAUGGUGUGGAGGCAUGCCCCAAAUCAACUCCUGAAAUUAUUAGAGAGAUGAAGGCCAUUCUUGCUGAGAAUGAUAUGCAUAAGGAAGAAAGGCAAAAAACAAGAGAAGCCAUGGCAGCUGCAAUGAAUCCCACAUUGUCCACUUCGGGUCCCAUUGGUCACAGUCGGGGUCGUCAGUCACUUUCAUCUUUUGGUGACAAUGAGGGUGAGGCUAGUGGCACUCCUGUUAGAUCAGACCCUAAUUUUUUUGUACCACGCAAUGUUCCAGGUGCACAACCUUCACUUGAAGGUACAGGAUGGAAUAGAGAGAAGCAUGAACAAGCACGGAUAGCAGCUUCAAACUUUUGGUUUUACAAUAAUCUAUCUUUCAAUGCAGCAAACAAUGUGUAUUGGGAAAGUUUUGUUAAUGCAUGUACAGUGGCGGGUAAGGGGUUUAAGGCCCCAACAAGUCAUGACUUCAGUGGGCUAUUGCUAGAGAAAGCUGUGAAAAAUACAGAAGGUGUGGUUGAUGAUCAGAAAAGGUAUUGGAAGAGAAAAGGAUGCAGCAUUUUAUCUGAUGGAUGGACAGAUGGACGGAAUAGGACUCUUCUCAACUUCUUGGUGGCUUCAAAUGGUGCAAUGGUAUUCAUAAAGUCUGUUGAUGCCUCAAAUGAAAUAAAAAAUGCAGAGACUUUGUGUAAUCUGUUGGAUGGUGUGGUUUGGGAAGUUGGAGUUGAGAAUGUUGUCCAAAUUAUCACGGACAACGCAGCUGCAUAUGUAUCUGCAGGUAGAAUGCUUAUGCAGAGGCAUCCUUCGAUUACAUGGAGUCCUUGUGCUGCACAUUGCUUGGACUUGGUGCUAGAGGACAUUGGGAAGAUUGGAUGGGUGAAGAAGGUGGUUGAAGAUGCAAAAAGUUUCACCAAAUUCAUCUACAACCAUACUUGGGUGCUUGCUUUGAUGAGAAAACACACAAAUGGCAAGGACCUUGUGCGACCUGGAGUGACACGAUUUGCUAGCCACUUCAUCACUUUGCAGAGCAUUCUUAGUGCCAUUCCUCAUCAUAAGCAGAUGUUUGUGUCAGAUGCUUGGUUGGGGUCUGCAUACUCCAAAAGACUUGAAGCAGAGAAGAUUGUGACCAUUGUUUUUGAUGAAGGGUUCAAUAAAAGUGGUGAGGAGUUGACUGCGGUAAGUAACAAACACAAAAGUAAAGUUUAUACAAUCUUGUCUAUUUGCUGAUUUUAUUUUUUAGGGGUUGAUUUUGUACUAAUUUAAAAUUUGUUUUAAUUUUUUUAGGUGACAGAACCUUUGGUGAGGGUUCUUCAUAUGGUGGAUGGAGAGGGCAUGCCAAUGGGUUUCAUUUAUGAGGCCAUGGAUAGGGCCAAAGAGGCCAUUUCACAUUACUAUCGUGGAAAUGCAAGAAAAUGUGAAAUCUUUUGGCGCAUCAUUGAUCGUAGGUGGACAAACCAACUCCACCAACCGAUACAUGCCUUCGCCUACUUUUUGAACUCGAAAUUCUACUUCUCUGAUUCAUUUAGGGCUGAUGAGGAGGUCAUGGCAGGUGUUAUUACAUGCAUUGAUAAGAUGACACCUGAUCCUGAGUUGAGAGACAAGGUUCUUGAUGAGUUGGAGAUCUACAAAAGUGCAGAGGGGAGACUCUUCUCAUCACAACUAGCAAUUGAUAGGAGAGGAAAACAACAACCAGGUAAAACAUUUAGUAACUUAGUUCAAUAGUGCAAGAAAAAACCUACAAACUUGAUUGUUACAUUUUUUUCUCAAUUCUAAUAUUUCUAAAUGUUUUUUGUAGAUUUAUGGUGGGAGAAUUAUGGUGCCGGCACACCUAAUCUUCAAAAGAUAGCUAUCCGUGUUUUGUCUCAGCCAUGCAGUGCUUCUGGGUGUGAACGAAAUUGGAGUGUCUUUGAAAGCAUUCACACAAAGAAGAGAAAUAGAUUGUCACAAAAGCGGCUCAAUGAUCUAGUAUUUGUUCGGUACAACCUUCGCCUUCGAGUUAGACAGGUGGAGGGUGUUUCACAUGAGGCCAUUGACUUGGAUGAAAUUGAUCCAUAUGGUAAUUGGACCAUGAAUGAACAAAAUGAUGGUGAUGAUGUCCUCCUUACCGAAGAAGAAAUUGCAGAAAUAGAGAGAGGAGCAGCACAAGAUGCAGAAGGAGCAAGAUUGGAUGAAGAUGAGGACGAAGAUGAGGAUGAUGAUGAGGACUAUGACUUUGAAGAAGAAUCAUCUCACCAUUUAGAUACCACAACAUCCACUGCUACUACUUCUAGCUCAAGGCCUGAAAAAUUGAGCUAUAUUAGGAAAAAUACAAAGAGGAAGAUGUAGUCUUCUCUUUGGUUUGUUCAUUCACAUUGCUGUUUUUGACAUUUGCAGUUGGACUUGGACAUAUCAUUAUAUGUAAUUUUGUGAACAUUUAUAUACUUAUGCUGCCAUUAUAGUAUUAUACAUUUUAGAGUUGAAACUUGAAACUUGAAUAUGCUGCCAUGAAUGAUGAAAUUUCAAAUAUUGCGUGUUUGUACUUU